AUGGCGUCAAGCCAUUGGGACGCUUUCCAAAGCCAGUCGACCCGUCAGAUUGCUCUCUUUGGCAUUCUCAUCGUAACAUCUGUCACGUUCAUCAUUUAUGAGCUUGUCAGAUGGAAUUCCAGAAUACCAAAGUUCUCAGGGCCUGUUGGAUUACCGAUCGUAGGCAAUCUGUGGCAGCUGCGCGGAAAGGAUAUUCCAGAGCAAUAUAGGGUAUGGUCAAGAAAGUAUGGGGCUGUGUAUCAGGUCCAGCUUGGGAGCAUUCCUGUCCUCGUCAUUAACAGUGCAGCGGCUGCGAAAGCAAUAUUGAUCCAGAAUUCGCAAGCGACAGCGUCGAGACCAGAAUUCUACACAUUCCACAAGAUUAUCGCCAGUACAUCCGGCACAACCCUGGGCACCACUCCAUACACGAAUUCUCUGAGAAAACGGCGUAAGGUGGUUAGUGCGGCCCUCAACCGCCCCGCUGUCGAGAGUUACAUUCCGCAUCUCGAUAUCGAGACGCGAUUCUUCUUAGCGGAGGCACUCAAGUAUGGUCAAUCAGGCGGUAGAGCAAUUGAUCCAAUGCCUCUUUUCCUGCGCUUGAACCUCAGUCUGGGCCUCACACUGCACUGGGGUGAUCGCAUGGGAUCACAGUCAGAGGUGUUCCAAGAAAUCGUGUACGUCGAGGACCUAAUCAGCAACUUUCGCAGCACCACGGGGAAUUUGCAAGACUAUGUCCCACUUUUGAGGUUGAACCCAUUCAACUCCAGCUCGGCUAUCGCCGCCGAUAUGAGGACCCGCAGGGACAAGUAUAUCGCUGCCCUUGACCGAGCAUUGGAUGAGAAGAUGAAGAAGGGCGAGCACAAGCCCUGCAUCAGGGCCAAUGUGAAACUCGACCAGGAGACGAAGCUGGACGAGAUGGAGCUGGGCAGUUUGAACCUGACAAUGCUUACUGCGGGGCUGGACACUAUGAAUGGAGCAGUCGGCUGGGGCAUCGCUAUGUUGGCUACGAUGCCCGAGAUUCAGAAGAAGGCGCAGGAAGCAAUCAUGUCAACGUAUGGAGAUGACGCACCGCUAUGCGACGCUUACGACCGGCAAUCGUGUGACUAUCUUUUCAUGAUGAUUAAAGAGAUUGUGCGGUACUACGCGGUCACUCGUCUUGCAUUGCCCCGGCGAUCCAUCGCCGACUUCACUUAUGAAGGCAAACUUGUCCCGAAGGGGACGAUCCUCUUUCUGAAUGCAUGGGCUUGUAACAUGGAUCCUGCUGUCUGGGAUGAUCCCGAAGUCUUUCGCCCCGAACGCUGGCGGGAACAGCCUGACGCACCGCUCUUCACUUUUGGUGUGGGGCAUCGAAUGUGUAUCGGAACGCAGCUAGCCUACCGAGAACUGUACCUCUUGUUCUUGCGCCUUCUCAACAGCUACGAGAUUCGCCCACAAGGACCAAUCGAGUCUCACCCAAUUCGCGGCGUUGCAAAUCGGAACUCCUUGGUGAUGUUGCCCAAGAGCUAUAAGGUCAGGUUCAUUCCCAGGAAUGAAAAUGCGUUACAGAAUGCGCUGGUGGAAGAACUGGGACAAGUUGUAUUGGAUGGCAAGGUUUGA